AAUUGAAGCAAGUUGGCAGUCCCGUUUUAGAUUGUCAGAAAUUUGCGACAUUUUUACCGAACGUGAAAAGAAUUGUUAAUAUUCGUUUUAACUGGUGACUAGUUUCUGAUACCUUAAGCGCAAUGGCUCGUCGCUCAAAUUUCAUCGAGGGCAACGACAACUUUCGCGAGCAGAACCUGCGUUUUGUGCGGAACGAGUUCGAGGACAACAUCAACCAGUUCUUCGGCGGUGCUAAUCCGGGCGGAGGCAGCAGCCAGCAGAAGCCACCGCCGCGGGACUCGCUAAUUGUGCAGCCAACGCCAGAAGCGCUGCUUUCCUCGGAGCCGAGCCGCAACCUCGAGCUGGACAUUCGUCGACAGUUCAUUCGCGAGCUGGGCGCCAGCCGGAUGACUGCUCACGCCCUUGCAGUGCGUACCUUCAAGGUGAAGGACUUCAAUCUGCGCUACUUCCAGCGCCAAAGAUUCCGGCUCAGUGUCGAGUUGGGUGAUAGUCGUCAGAACGUUGUGGAUGCCGAGGUGCUCCGAGCCAUCGGGGAAGCUGUGGAGAACAAGGAACCGGAUCUUGAUUCCCGCCCACGCACUCCGUCGCCACCAAGAAACAUUGAUUGGCAUAACGCCAAUCGGAAUAAUUCACCGGUGCGUAACAAUGAUCGAUCCCGGCCAAGGAAUCGUCAAGGACCUGGCGACUUUCGAGGCGUCAGGGACAACAAUCGGGGAUUUUUGGAGCAACAGGAACCGGAAAGGGAACGAGAGCCUUUCAAUCGGAAUGCCGGACCAAAAAAUGGCCCAAACCAUCAAUAUAAUCGAAAUCUGAACAGCGAUAACCGAAAUGCAAAUCGCAAUAAUCGCAACACAAAUCCACAACAAGAAUUCCAGCGUAAUGCAAAUCCACACAUGGAAUUCAAUCAAAAUAUACGACAUGAAAAUCGAGAAAUGAUUCGCAACAAUCACACUCAGAUGCAUAAUCGAAAUCCAAACACACAGGAAAACGUACGCAAUAAUCGUAAUACAAGCAACAAUGAAUUUAAUAGAAGCGCUAAUUGGCAAGAAAUUAUUCGAAAUAACCGCAAGAACCAGAAUAUUAAUCGAAAUGUCAAUUCCCAGGAAUUUAAUCGAAAUCCUCAGGAGUUCAAUCGUAAUAUGAAUCCUCAGGAAUUUAAUCGUAAUAUGAAUCCUCAGGGAAAUCGUGAUCUGCAAUUAAACCCCAGGGAAAUUCGUGGGCCACUAUUAAAUCAGCGUGAAAUGCCACAAAAUUUCAAUAAUCAGGGCGCAAAUUCUCAGGGAAACCCCAAUUUUCGUGCUCGACAAUUGAACCCCCGAGAAAUGCCGCAGAAGUUAAACAACCCACGAUUCAACAACAACAAUCAAGGGCCAUACCAUGAACCAGUUAAUAAUGAUUUUAUGGAAGCCGACAUAGACGGAACUCCAAUAAUCGAUGACAGCUUUCUUGAGUCCCACCCCAACCUGGGUGAAUAUGGUGGGCCUCCACAAAUUGGUCGAAAUUAUCAGCGCAUUGUCAAUAAUAAUCAAAUAACCAUUUGUCGUCAAGAUUGGAUUGAAGCUAAUAGAAUCGAUCUAAAUAAUCUCAAUCGGCCAAAUAAUCGCAACCCUAAUGACAACUUUCGUAGGCAGGGUUCUCUGCAGUUUGAAGAUCAAGAUGAAGUUUACAAUGAUGGCCCCAAUAUGGAGGAUGAUGAUCACUUUCGUCGUCAGCAUCAUCACGGUGAAAUUAGAAAACCAGGAUUCCGAGGUCCAGAAGAUCAAGGAUUCCGAAUCUUUUCCAACGAUCGUAACUUUGAGGGCAACCAAGGAAACUUCAGAGAUCAGUGCGACAUUGAUUCUAAUUAUCAUGGACGUGGGCGUAACGAUCGCAACGAACGCCGUCAAUUUAAUGAUGAUAACUAUGAGAACGAUCGCGAACGAUCGAAUGACUCUGUCAGAUUCAGAGGCUCAAAUCACCCCGAUGUUUCACCGAAGCGUUUUCGACGUGGAUCAGGUUCGGGAGAUCGUUACCACCGCGAUCAUCAUCCCCAACCUGUAAAUCCCCAUCAAAACCGAUCGAAUCAAGGCAGACAUGCCCCAAAUACCAUACACACCACUACAAGUCAAGAUCGAACAAUGGACAGGAUCAGUAAUAGUUCUGGUCGAAACCCAAGAACAACUUCAAAGAUCAUUCAAGAUCGCAAUCCUGGCAGAAACACAAGUACUGGUGUGUCAAGAAUAAAUAUAGACCGCAACUCCAGAUCAACUUCAUUAACAAAUCAAAGUCGAAGCACAUCUGGCCGCGAAAAACCUGGUCAAGUUCGCAGUGCACCCAGAAGUGUAAAGCCUGAUGAUGCUAAUUUAAGAAAACCAACGCAAACAGGACAAAAGAAUCGAGCAGGCGAUCCACAAAGUAAUCGUGUCUCGAUCAAAACCAAACCAAACCGUUCGGCAACCGAAGCCAAAAACGUCAAUUCCAGUGCAGCCAAGACUUCUACGUCCAAUCAAGCCAGGAACAAUGCGUCUUUGGAAAACACACGUGCUGGUCAAAAAAGGAAAGCAGAGUCCAAAGAGUCAGAGUCGAAUCGUCCCUCAAAAGUGGAUUACAAACGCAAAAAGCAAACCACCUUACAGAAUGCCUUCAUAAUCGGGGGCUUUCGCCUGCCCUAUAUCAAUAACAAUGAACAAAAGCUACCACAAAGCGAGGACCAGUCCUAUGCCGUGACCUUCUUCGAGCAGACACCGAUAUAUAAUACAAACAUAUAUGCCAUUGAUGAUGGCCAAAUGGAUGACCCCGAUGAACAGGAGUCUGACGCCGAAUCCCUUGACUCGAACCAAUCUGGCUCAAAAGGAACAAAACUGAACUCAAAGAAAAUAAUACGCAACAAGCUAACUAAAGAGUGGAUGGCUGUCUAUCGGAAGAAUAAAUACAAAGACUGGUACGCUUGGUGGAAGGAUUACAAGUGGUGCGGCAUCGAGAUCAACAAGGAGCUGGCCAAGCUAGGCGAUCGCAACAUGUGCAAACGAUUCACUCCCAAGUAUCCAACCGAGGAAAUGAUGGUCAGCGAGGUAUUCAGAUGCGGGCGCAAUGGCCUUAAGAAGAAUACGUUCAAUUACUAUCGCAAUAUGCGAUCCAUUUUUUUGUUAAUGAACGAGACGUUCCUUAAGGCCCUGUCCGAGGAACAGAAGGAGCAACUGCAGGAUCUGAUUCGUUACAUUCCAAAUCAUUUAUGGCUUUAUAAGAUCCGCAGUAUGGUUUACCUCUGGGAGAGGUACCAUCGGAUUCUCAAGAACCUAGACGAAAGCGAAAUACACAAGGAAAAUGAACUCAAAGCCAUGGCGCGUCAGUGGAGGGAUCCUUUAUUCCAUUGGCUGGCUAAGCAGGCCUUUGAUGAACUCAAGGCAAUCAGCGGAGUAGCCUGGCCUGAACACAGAGAACUCUAUCACGGCCUAAUUUAGACAUUUUUUCUGACAAAAACUAAACGUGCAACAAAUUGUCGUCAUAAAUUUAAAUCUUACAUAUGUAUUAUAGUGUUUAAAAAUAAAGCCGGUUUAGCUUCGCCCGAAAUUUCAUCUUCAGUUUUGAUUUAAUUUGAUGAAACCUUUUUAAUUAAAAACUCUAAACUAUUUUCCACUUUGUUAUCCCA